AUGGAUCGCAGUACGACUGUCCUUCUACAAAACUUAGAAGAACAACAUUCUGCAGAAACGCAAGACAUCCCCUUGUCGACUUUAAAACAACUGUCUAAGAAAGACAAACGUGCACACUCCUCGACAAGCAUCUUAAGGAGAAGCAUUUCUGAUUCAGUGGAGAGGAAUCUUUGUCACCGCGUUGGAUUACAUCAGGUGAUUAAUUAUACUACUUUUAAAAAAAAUGUAUUUAUUGAGAAAAUAUGUUCCAUAAGGAGAGAAUAAAAUUGCACAGUAUAUGCGAGAUUUGUGGCUCAGCGACUAUCAGGUAAACUGGGUCAAAAAUUACAAACAAUUUGUAAACAUAUCUUCGCUUUCAAUGAUGCCCUCUAAAUGAUGAGUAGAAAUAUUAACUUGUACAGUCAACAUAAAUGUUCGAGAAAAUAAUGCUAAGUAAGUCUCGUUUGAAUGUUGGUGACAAUUUUCUUUUUGCAGCAUUAUAAGAAGGUACUGUGGAACACUUUCAUUCCAAUGUUCACGCUAGGUUUCGUUUCUUAGAAGAAAAUUACAGCCGUGCAAUAUCAGUAUCAGUUGAAUAACUCCCAGCUCCGUCGUUGUUGUGAGAGGUGUAUCGGUAACAGAGAGAUUUCAUUGCCAAUAUAUUGUUAUUCGUGUCACUCUUGUACAGUAAGAUAACAAAAGCUACAGAAAGUGCUGUUCAGCUUAAGCUUGCAGUCACAGGCGUAUAAAAUUUCAUACAUAGAGGAUAUUACACGGUGGCGAGAAGAUAUGAAUUUUAUGUUCGAGUGGCAAGAACAAUAUCUCACUCGUUCGCUUCGCUCACUCGUGAGAUAUUGUUCUUGCCACGAGAACAUAAAAUUCAUAUCUUUAACAAAAGCAAAAGGCGGGAAUCGUGACGUCAUUGAAUGAUACGACACUCACAAAGGUGACAUACGGAAAAUACGCCACUCGGGUCCCGGAUGAAGUGGCGUAUGGAAUCUACGAGUGGUUUAGUUCCCAGUAAAACACUCUCCUCCAUAUAAUAAAUAGUAAUAUGUCAUCUCCAUGCUCUCCCUUCAGUCAACAUUUCAAUCACAGACUCGAUAGUUCUUAAACCAAUUCAGGAAAAAGUGCUCUGUUUUUACAGGAAUUCUAUUCUUAUUUUUUUGGCAUGGAAAAUACAAUUCAAACCUCUGAAUAAGAGAGUGUGUUACGAAGUGUUUGACAAAGAAAUAGCUAUUGAAUAUACCUGUCUAUAUACGUAUAUUUUAUUGAAAAUAUCGUCAAGUUUGUCUGAUAAAUAUUGAUUUAAGAGACUUUGAUUUUCAUUUCCGUUGCCAAGAUGAUAUGAACUCUGGUCUGAUGACUCGCCUUGAUCUGUUAAAAUGUUUAUUGAACUAAGUUGUAGAGGAACUCUGAUGACUAGCCUUGAUCGACUCUAGGGCGAUAAAAUGCUAUAAAUGCCAUUUCAUUGCAUUUUCCGGUCUUCCGUUCAAAUAGGUGCAUCUAAUGAACAUCUUAGCUCUGUGUUUUUUGGUAGCUCAUUCCCACGCAAAAAAAAAAAUAUCCAUUAAGUCGCCCAUAUUUUAUGGGCGCAAGAACUCGCUGAGAAUAUACUGGAGGCCAGCAACGCAAUUCUGCCAUGUCAUUUUGCAUGUUUUCGCUGACAAUCAUUACUCUACUUUAUCAUUUAAUAUUGUGGACAGAACUAAAAACAAUGGAAGGUCGUUAGUCGAAUACUGAAAAACAUAUUUAGUGAAUAAUUUUAUGUGAUAUUUGUAUUCAUUUAGCACAAAAAGCGGAGAGGGCAAGCGACCCUGGUCCCUCCCCUGCGGACACACUUAUUGCUAUUUAUAAAUGGCUUUGGAACAGAAGGGUGCUGAGCUCUAAGCUCAAUUUAACGUCAUUAUGUUACUGUGUGGAUGAGUUCUUUCUUUAUACAAGAAAAUCACGAAAUGUGUCAACAUGUAGCUAGUACUUCAGUUAGCCGACUCACUUGCCUAGUUUGAUUUUUUUCUUACACUUUGAUGUAGGGCUAAAUGGAAUCGAAUAAUUUCUCAAAAUAACAAAUUGUUUCUUAUCUGUUUUUUUCAAGGCGUGUCGUGAGGGCCUAAUUGACCUAGUGAGAGCUCUCAUAAAAGGAGACGCCUCCGCUAUUUACAAAAUCGACGAGGAGGGGCUUGCUCCAAUCCACCAUGCCACUCGAUAUGACCAUGUGGAGAUUGUAGAGUUGCUCAUAGCUGGGGGUGCAGGUGAAGAGAAUGCAGUGUAGAAGAAAUAUGAUAAUUUUUCCUAGAAAGUUACUUAGUCGGAAUUAAUCAAAAUAGUCACACAUGAAACUUUGAGAAGAAGCAUUCCUCCGCCCAAUGUAUAAUCCCAUAGUGGCUUUCCCAACCAAGAGCCAUAACGACUCUUGUCGCAACUUAGUAUCAAGACGAAUAGCUUCUGACUGGCUGAGAUUUCAUAGCAUUUCUACAUUUACACCUAUAGCUUAGGUCCUAAUGUUUUCAUUGAUUGUCUUUUGAGUACAGACUAUCUGUGGCUGGCUUCUUCCUUUACCUAAUAUCUACAACUGGUAUAUUAUUUAUUAUUAUUAUUAUUAUUAUUAUUAAAAAAACACAUUAAAAGCGAACUAAAAAGAUCAAAAAGCUUUGAUCACGUGACUGAUGACGUCAUUUCACGUGACUGAUAACGUCAUGGUCGUGAAAAAAUUAUCAGGUAGAACAUUACUCUCCCGCAAAUUUUCUUUGCCGUGUGAUAAAAGGGUGACUCUCUACAGCCCUCGGCCUAGUCUUCCCACUUUUCCGCUCAUGUUCAUUACCCACUUAAAUUUUAAAUGUCGGACGUCAACUGGUUGUUUUUAAAUACCCCACAAAACUAAAACCUCAUAUAUGCUAUUUGUUUUUAACUCGUUAGUGAAACCUUGCCACAGCAACAAAAAAACCUAAUUCGGAAAUAAUCACCUGAUUGAUGACGUCAUUACCUUAGAUGUGACAUGGGAAGAUAUUUUAUGGCAAAUGUUAUCUCGUUGUGGUCUGACAGUGUUUUACGUAUAAAGUUGUCAAAGUUGUAAAGCUAGUUAAAAAAAUUGCCUCAAAGGAUUCUGGGAGGUUUUUAUGAUAACUAUAAUUUACUUUUACAAUUAUUAUUAGUAUAUACACACUCAGUGAUCUUGGUGAUUCAAGCAAUCUGAUUGGUUCGCUAUCUCAGACUUUGACGUUAUAUUUACCGCUCUAGGCGGUGGAUAUGAAGCAGAACAAAAUCGCUGUGGUGAACUGGAACUGGGUGUUUUGCCAAAAGUUUCAUAGUAAGAACUUUUUGAAUAUCCGAGUGUUGAUGAUUUUGAAGGUAAGAAAAUCCCUCAUGAUGUUUAAACAGCAUGAUUUAUUGUGAAGUGGUUUACUGUAGCUGGCUUUUUGUACGUUCGAAGCUAUGUUUACCACUACAGAGGAAAACGGGGCCGCUUUGUCACUGUUUUGUGAUUUCGGGAUUUUCUCGCAAGACCAAUUUUGCCUAUUUAUAGAAGUCAAUUUAUGGAGGAAAAAGGAAGGCAAAUGUUUUCGAAAAUUGUACGUGCCAGCAAGGCAAAGAACACUGCAGAUAAAAAACGCUCACCUCGAUCGUAGCCGCUGUCGAUAGCAUUGGAAGAAGCGACAAAAAAAACUUUCCCAUUGACGGUGAGUUGACAGAAACAAAUAAAGCUCUACUUUUCUUCUCAGAAUUGGUUAGUAAUUUAAAUUUUCGGUGUCUUCUUUUAAACCGUUGAUGCUAAAGCUUACAAAAAUCGAUACAAAAAGAUUAAAAUUAUCAUUUGCCAUGUUUGAAGAUACUAUAAAGAUCUAGCUUUUGCGCAUCCACUGUUUACGGCUUCUUGUUCACGCAUGAAUUCACCCGUCAAUAAAAUUGAUCGUUUUUAAAUGGUUUCCUUUCUGAUUCUGUUGAGAUCACUUCGUGUGAAUAUACUAAAACAAUUAUUCACCUCAGGCUCAGUUAAUAUUGUUGAAUCCCUUCGACUUCGUCUCAGGGAUUAUUCAACAAUAUCAACUGAGCCUUCGGAGAAGAAUAGUUAAUUAUUGCCUUAAUCCUGAAUCACUCCUUUAUGUUGUCGCUGGUUGUCAACAGUACCUUGAUCAUUUCACCUGAAGACACGACUCAAUCCUUAACUUUAUUGCCAAGUCACUUCAACCCGUAAUUAAUGUUCACUCUUCACUCUAUGCCGAUGUUAAUGGUUUUCUGAAUCCCUUAAUAAUAACUGGUGAAAAUUAUGGUCCAGAUCUUCUUUUCCUAAUCCAGUCCAGGUGCCAAUAUGUUCUAGAAUUAACAGUUGGUUUCGAGUCUAACCUUAAUAACAAUGCAGUGCGUAAAAAAGGAAAAAUAUCUGGACUUGAUCAAAGAAAUGAGUAGAAAUUAUAGAUGUGUGAAAUUUGUAAAUCUCUCUAUGAUCUCCUUGGGGGCUCUCUCCGAAGAAUGCUCCACGUUCUUAGACGUGAUGAAUAACACUGACUUUGACAAAAAGCAGCAAUUUUUUAUAAUCAAGAAAAUGAUAGAUAUAGCCAUUAGAGCAACAUAUUACAUCUUUUGCUGUAGAAAUAGGAAUUGGGAUAGCCCAGACUUAAUGCAAUUUUGAUUUGAUUUGAUUUUCUUCUUCUUUUUUUUCUUUCUUGAACAAUUCAGUCUAAAGCAGUAAUUGUAAAUUGCCUAUACGUAACGAGAUUUACAAUUGUACAUUCAACAACACAUAUAAAGUUUCCAUUAUUAUUAUUAUUAUUAUUAUUAUUAUUAUUAUUAUUUUUACGUUACCAAGAGCUUCCAGUCCUUGCUCGUAGACCAUUUUCAAAUAUUCUUUGGGUAAGCUGGUUUUUAAACUGCAGUGUGAACAGAGCCUCAAAAUUACACUCGAGCGAGAAAUAAACUAGACCAGGGAAUUUUCUGCUGUCUGUUAGCAAUGUCAGGAAAAAGGAAACAACAUUGACCCGCAUAGCAAAUUUUUUUGCUAAUUGGUCAUACCGUCAAACGGCUGAUGAAACAGGCCAUCGCCAUAAAAGAGGGGAGAUCACAUUACUUUUUUUUUCAGUUUACAAACCUGAAUUUGGUAAUCAUUUUGACGAUUUUUCUAUUGCAAGUGGCCAAUUUGAAGUAUUAAUAAAACAAACCUGAUAACUUUCUUAAAAAAGCUUUAAGUCAAAAAAUAUUUGCUUAACCUAUCUUUUCCAGACCUGUUUUGUUGUGUCCAACCAUUGUUACUCCUUUUAGAUCCAAACAUUUGCAGUAAAGAUGAAAACAAAUGCGCGACGCCUCUUCAGGUUGCGGGAAGAUUUAACAGCCCCGCUACUGCUCGGCUAUUGUUAGUUCGAGGAGCUGACGUCGCCAAGAAGUCAACUUACGGUCAACAAGCUCUGCAUUAUGCCGCUAGAAGAGGAAACUUGGCGGUGGUCGAGGUAAUUAAGAUCAUGUUUAAAUUGUUCUUAUUUCGAAAUAACCUGCGAACCACAUUCGAAUUUGAUGACUCAGCCAUUUCAGCAGGCAAUCAAUAGAAUGCAAAGUUGAUCAAUGUAAGGUUCGAGACAAGUGUUUCCACCAGGGCAUGAUUCAUCAAUUAACGGCUUUCAUUUUAAGUUGUAGAUGUUUCAUUUGACGAUACUAAUGUCCUGUUUUAUAUCUUUAGUAUUUUGUUCAAACUAAAAGGUUAUUUUAGAUUUAAAUAACGUGACCCUCUUAAGAGCAGCUCCGCGUAAUAAUCAACUAGAGGUGGAAGUAGUAAAAAAAACCUGGCCUCAAACUUAGCCAGAACAAAAACGAAAUUUUUUCUUCCGGAGGCCUAAAAUGGGCAAAAAUCAUGGGAAAUUAGGUUCAUAUUCAGUGGGUCGUAUAUUUUAAAAUAAAGUUGGCUCGUAAAAUAUAAUGACACUUUAUAUUUUUCCAUCUUUGCUCUUAAUAGUAUAAUUUUAACUAAUUAGCUCGCGAUUUGGUCCGCAAGAGAUAUUUUAAGAAAUUUUUAAAAGCUGUUGACUCAAAAUCGCUUUAUCAACGGUCAAAAUCUAGCACUUUUUAAGAGAUAAAAAAGUGGAUUGGUACAUGGCUUUCACCACCAAGGUUUGUUUAGCCUUAAAGAGCAUCCUUUUUUCUUUACAUCAGCGAAAUAAAAUUUUUGGGUAAAUGAAAUCACCAGUGCUGACAACGCGAAGUAAAUGCAACUGUUAGGCAAAAAACGGGCGAAAAAACGUGACCUCUGAUCUAGGCACAACCAAAUGCAAGUUAUGGUAGGCGCCAAACCUUUAGUUAUUCGCUAACUUCUCGAAACAAUAUUGGUCCGAAAUGUGUAUAGCUUUUCUAAACUACAGCUAAGUGUUAAAAAGUCCACAUCGUGGAAAAACUACAACAAAAGUCACGAGUAUUAAAUUUGUUCUGUUUCCUGAAUUUUAUGCAGGGUACGAUUUAUGCGAAUCAACGCAUUUUAAACAAUUUUUAAUCCGACGAUACGGUACCCACCUGAGACUGUGUUAGUUUAAGAGUCCAUAAAACUUUUCGAAGAUUCCUUGGAAAGACUUCAAGAAGGAAAUGAAUAAAGAAUUUGUACUUAUAACUGUUACGAUUUCACUUGCCGCCACGGCAAAACGAAAACAACUAUCAAACUGCCGCAGGCAAACCAGUUGUCAGUGCAGUCAAGCAAAGCACGUCACGUCAGUCUUCCCCGCGCAUUUGGGAAGGAGGGGAGAUAUUCUUCCAUGCUGUGCGCUAAAGCAUUUGUGAAAUAAAAAUAGCUUAAGACUGUUUCAUUUCUAAUCAGUAAAAAAAGAAUAACUUUUCCGCCCUUUUUUCAUGAACUGGGAACGAGUCUUUAAUUUUCCUAUAUUUUGUCACCUGAUACACGGGUUCGGAAGCAACUACAUGUGUAAUACUUCUAGCACUAGAGGCGCUAAGCACUUCUCUUUUUGUUACUUUAUGGCUAGUCUUGCUGCUGCGCUAGAGAACUACUGAAAAAGAGUCUAUACGACUGCAUUCAUUCGCUUGAGGUCAAAGGUGUCUUCUCCGCCCAUAUAAUCUUGGGCUUGAGCAGGCGUUUUUAGGGGGAUUCGUAAUUCCUCCCUCCCUACAAAAGAAAAAAUGUAAAUUGGUUUUUUCACCUUUGUUCUCAAAAACAUAAGCCUCAAUUUUUUUUAUUUGCCCUUCGCUUUACAAACUAGUGUAAAUGACACAUAUCUUGGUGUCAGGUAAGAAGGCGUUUGUGGUCAUUCAUUCAUUCAUUUAUUUUGCCAUCAACCAGAAAUACAACAACAGCAUACAGAAAUACAUUAAAGAUAAUAUACAAUAUUCCAACUAAAUUAUUUACAAGAUCAAAUGUGGUAAAGGCAAGGAAGCCUAUGUAGAAGCCGGGGGCUUAUAAACUAUAGGCUUCCUGGAACUAUAGAGUAAACCAUUAAGGGUACUGAAUGAAAAUUUGGAUUAAUUAAAAAAAAAAGAAAGAAAGAAGAGAAAACAAGACUAAAAGGAAAAUUAAAAGGUGUGUAGCUCAACAAAGAGUCAAUUUAACUAAGAAAGAAGGAAUUUUUUAAGUCUUUUGCCAAACAAACGGAUACUUUCACGGUUUUGAAUUUUCCGACUUAGCGAGUUGAAAAACGUGGGACCUUGAAACCGAAUUGAGAAUUUUCGAAAAUUAGUUCGACAAUGAGGUAUAUAGAAAAGGCUGGAAUCUCUUGUAUUAUAAGAAUGUAUCUGGCUUGCAAGAGUAAACAUAUCACGAAAAUACAUAAAUACAUAAAUUUACCUAUUUGGUAUAAAUAAAUGUCCGAGAAUUUUAAAAUCUCCUGCUCUUUAAAAAGAACACCGAUAUGAGCAUCAAAAGAAACUUUAGAUAUUAUUCUGAUUAUCCUCUUUUGCAGAAUAAUACAGUAAUCCGAUUUAAAUUAGAAUGAUAUGUCGAUCCCCAUACUGAAACACAGUAAGUUAAGUAAGGGUAAAUUAGACUAUAGUAUAAGGAGCGCAAGGAACUUUUGGGAAGGCAAAAACUAGACUUAUAAAUAAAAAAUACUGUUUCUUUCACACGUUCAAUAACAUUGUUGUCAAUUUGAAUAGAUAUAUCAAGUGUUUGCCUCCUUUGGCGUGGUCUAAAAACCAUAAAAUUUGAUUUUUUAAAGUUAAUGGAUAGUUUGUUGCUCGACACCAUUGGGUUAAUUUAAGCAUUUCAGAAUUCAAGAUUUCAGGAAGCAAGUUAAAAUCUUUGUGGGAGAAGAAUAUGUUUGUGUCGUCAGCAAAAAGAAUAAAGUCCAGGACCUUUGACACGUUACACAGAUCAUUUUUCAGAGUAGAAAGAGCAGGGGACCUAGUAUUGAGCCCUGACGCACCCGGCACUUUAUUUCGCAAGACUCUGAACUGACACCAUUAAAUUCCACAUAUUGUUGUCUAUUGCUUAGAUAGCUUUUGAACCAUCUAAGUGCAGUGCCACGAACACCAUAAUGCUCUAAUUUUGAAAUUAAAAUGUUAUGAUCAACGGUGUCAAAGGCUUUAGNAAGAAUAAAGUCCAGGACCUUUGACACGUUACACAGAUCAUUUUUCAGAGUAGAAAGAGCAGGGGACCUAGUAUUGAGCCCUGACGCACCCGGCACUUUAUUUCGCAAGACUCUGAACUGACACCAUUAAAUUCCACAUAUUGUUGUCUAUUGCUUAGAUAGCUUUUGAACCAUCUAAGUGCAGUGCCACGAACACCAUAAUGCUCUAAUUUUGAAAUUAAAAUGUUAUGAUCAACGGUGUCAAAGGCUUUAGACAAGUCUAUAAAAAUACCAACUGUGCAAUAGCGGAAGAGAUUUUGUCAUCUAAACAAGCAAGAGCAUAAGCAGUUUAGUGAUGCUUGCGAAAACCAUACUGAUUGUCAGUAUGAACGUGUGUCUUUGAACGUGUGGUAAUGGAUCGAGGAAAUACGACUCCCCUGAAAAUGCCACCAGGGGAGGCUAAAUGCUUGGUUGCUUCUUACGCCAAAUUUGCCCCAGGGAUCCGGAUUUCUUGUCAGUAGUACUUGGAUUUCGGAUCCCAAUCGUAAGCGGGAUUCCGGAUUCUUUUAGCUAAAUUCCGGAUUCCAAAGCCCUAGCCAGGGCUGUUCAAAAGUUUGAUAGCGCUGUCUACUAGAUGUAAGUCACAUUUCGGCGGAUAACUAUUAGGGAAACUAGUUGCUAGCGUCAUCUGCGUUUUGAACAACUGGGGCCUCCAUUCCGGAUUCCACUAGCAAAUCCGGAUUACCUUUAUGGGGCGACCUAAUAAGCGGCAAAAGACAUAUUGGAAGAUCCCUGCAAUCUGAUUGGCUCUCCUGCUAGAAAUAUGGUCAAUUUUGAAGAAGUUGUUAAAACCAAGGAACAAUUUCUUGCGCAACCCAUAUGGCGCAAUUGGCUAAUUAGGAUCGAAAACAAGCCCGUCUUCGAUAAAAAACUCUUUUCGCUAGGAAUUUAAAAGGUAAAGGAUUUUGUGAAAGAACAAUAUAACUUCCUUUCCCACACAGAUAUUAUUGAAAAUUAUAAUUACCAACUCCAACCUUCAAAAUAUUUUGGACUUGUAUCUUCCCUUGAACAAGUCAAAAACAGUAGCAUUACACAAAACCCUACUCUUUCUAUCCCACAAGAUUCACUUCUUACCUUAUUCCUUAAGAACGCAAAAGGAACUAAGGUCGUCUACAAAAAACUUGUCCGUAAAAAAACGUCCACCCCGGCGAGAGGUCAAGCGAAAUGGAACACUACGGUCUCUCAGGAGGGAUGUGUUGCUGAUUGGAAUAUGGCAUAUACCCUGGCAUUCAAGUGUACUAAAAGCACGACACUCAUUAAUUUUCAAUACCGAUUUCUGUAAAGAAUACUUCCCACAAACUCGUUUCUGACAAAGAUUGGUAUCAAGCAAGACCCCAACUGCUCCUUUUGCUGCACCACUAAGGAAAAUCUCGCUCAUCUUUUCAGGCACUGUCCAAAUGUUCAAACUUUUUGGGAAACUUUGACAAAAAGCUUGCUGAUUUCGACUUUAUAUUUAGAGACUACUCGAUGGAUAU